CAGAGUCACGUCGUCUAACCUGUUCCCAGGACACUGCCCCGCCCCGUCCUCCGCUCCCCGCCGCCGGAGCCGGAGCCGGAGCCCGAGGAAAAGACCCCCGGUGCCAGGAUCUGCCCCGACGCGCACCCUGCUCCGGCACCAUGGACAGCGAAGCAUUCCAGAGUGCGAGGGACCUUCUGGAUCUGAACUUCCAGUCACUGGCCAUGAAGCACAUGGAUCUGAAACAGAUGGAGCUGGACACGGCGGCCGCCAAAGUGGACGAACUGACCAAGCAGUUGGAGUCAUGGUGGUCAGACUCGCCAGCACCUCCUGGCACACAGGCCGGCGUCCCCCCCAGGAUGUCCAGGUAUAGCACCAGCCCUGUCCCCGAGCCUUUUGGCAGCAGAGGGUCCCCGCAGAAGAUAGCCGCGGAUAGCACAGAGGCCCGUUUUGGACGCUCGGAGAGUGCCCCGUCCCUGCACCCCUUCAGCCCUCUGUCCCCCAAGGGCAGGCCAUCCUCUCCGCGCACCCCCAUCUACCUGCAGCCCGAUGCUUACAGCAGCCUGGAUCGCGCGCCAUCGCCCAGACCGCGCGCCUUCGACGGGACAGGCAGUCCCCACGGCCGGGCGCCAUCCCCGCGGCCGGGGAUUGGCCCGCUGCGGCAGCCGGGCCCCCCGCCCCCCUUCGACUACCUGGGCCGUGCAGGGUCCCCCCGGGGCAGCCCUCUAGCUGAGGGUCCCCAGGCCUUCUUCCCGGAGCGUGGACCUUCCCCACGUCCGCCUGCUACAGCCUAUGACGCGCCGGCCGCGUUCGGGAGCCCCCUGCUGGGCGCGGGUGGCAGUGCCUUCGCCCCGCCGCUCCGUGCACAAGACGACUUGACGCUACGGCGGAGGCCCCCAAAAGCCUGGAACGAAUCUGACCUGGAUGUAGCCUAUGAGAAAAAGUCUUCACAGACAGCAAGCUAUGAACGGCUGGAUGUCUUCACGCGGCCUGCCUCGCCAGGCCUGCAGCUCUUACCCUGGAGAGAGAGCAGCUUGGACGGGCUGGGGGCCAGUGGCAAGGACAACCUCACCAGUGCCACAUUGCCACGCAACUACAAGGUAUCCCCUCUGGCCAGUGACAGGCGUUCUGACGUUGGCAGCUACCGCCGCUCUCUGGGUUCAGCAGGGCCCUCGGGUACUUUGCCACGCAGCUGGCAGCCCGUCAGCCGCAUCCCCAUGCCCCCCACCAGCCCCCAGCCCCGAAGCGCCCCACGCCAGCGUCCCAUCCCACUCAGCAUGAUCUUUAAGCUCCAGAACGCUUUCUGGGAACACGGAGCCAGCCGGGCUGUGCUCCCGGGAUCCCCCAUCUUCUCCCGAGCACCCCCAUCUAAGCUGCCUCCCCAGCCACCCCCUCAGCCCCAGCUGCAGCCCCAACCUCAACCUCAGAUGCCCCCCCAGUCCCAGGCCCAGCCUCAGACUCCAGCACCCCAACAGACUUGGCCUCCUGUGAAUGAAGGCCUCCUCAAAUCCUCUGCCGAGCUGGAGCCAGAGCCUGAGCUAGAGGGGCUACUGGCUCCUGUGCUUGAGGCCGGGGAUGCAGAUGAAGGUACCGUCACUCGGCCCCUCAGCCCCACCAGGCUACAGCCAGCACUGCCACCUGAAGCACAGACUGUACCUGAGCUGGAGGAGGUGGCCCGAGUGCUGGCAGAGAUUCCUCGACCCCUCAAACGCAGAGGCUCCAUGGAGCAGAGCCCUGCUGUGGCCCUGCCCCCCACCCACAAGAAACAAUACCAACAAAUCAUCAAUAGACUCUUCCAUCGGCAUGGUGGCCAAGGGCCCGGGGUCCCUGAGCCAGAGCUGUCCACAAUCACAGAGGGAUCUGAGGCCCGAGCAGGACCUCCUGCUCCUGCCCCACCAGCUCCCAUCCCACCCCCAGCCCCACCCCAGAGCAGCCCUCCAGAGCAGCCUCAGAGCAUGGAGAUGCGCUCAGUACUGCGCAAAGUGGGGUCCCCACGCAAGGCUCGGCGAGCGCGCCUCAACCCACUGGUGCUGCUGUUGGACGCAGCGCUGACUGGGGAGCUGGAUGUGGUACAGCAAGCGGUGAAGGAGAUGAACGACCCAAGCCAGCCCAACGAGGAGGGUAUCACCGCCCUGCACAAUGCCAUUUGCGGCGCCAACUACCCCAUUGUGGACUUCCUCAUCGCUGCGGGCGCCAAUGUCAACUCCCCUGACAGCCAUGGCUGGACACCGCUGCAUUGUGCCGCUUCGUGCAACGACACUGCCAUCUGCACAGCGCUGGUGCAGCAUGGUGCGGCCAUCUUUGCCACCACGCUCAGUGACGGCGCCACCGCCAUCGAAAAGUGCGACCCUUAUCGCGAGGGCUAUGCGGACUGCGCCACCUACCUGGCAGAUGUUGAGCAGAGCAUGGGGCUGAUGCACAGCGGAGUUGUGUAUGCGCUCUGGGACUACAGCGCCGAGUUCGGGGAUGAGCUCUCCUUCCGGGAGGGAGACUCGGUCACCGUGCUCCGGAGGGACGGGCCGGAGGAGACCGACUGGUGGUGGGCUGUCCUGCACGGCCAGGAGGGCUACGUGCCACGCAACUAUUUCGGGCUCUUCCCUAGAGUAAAGACACAGAGGAGCAAAAUCUAGCAGGAAUGAAGGAGGAAAAGUGCUACGGAGAAAAGUGCAAGCCAGCCUGCCUUCCACCAGCCCUACCCCAUCCAUCUACUGCGGAGUUUACCUGCACCCUCAUCUCCAGGGGGUUCAGCCUCCACCAGAAGUUCUCUGCUUCUCCGGGGGCUCAAGGGAGGGCAGCCCCAGACUGAAGAUUAGGAUGCUGCCUUAAGCGUUGGAGUUAGGUGGGCUGGGGACCUUUGGAAACAGGAGACCCACCCAACCACCCCAGCACACACACUUGCCAAAUCAGAUCUGGUCCAAAGUGCCUCUGACUGCCAGCAAGCCACUUCCCUUUCCCGGCUGAGCCUGGGAGGGUGACCCACCCCUUCAUUUCUCUGAGUCCUUUCCCUCUCUCUCCCAGCAGCCCCCAUUCCUUCCAGCAGCCUUGGGCCUGGGUGAGGCUCAUGGUUCCUCAGCAAGCAGUCUGCCCCUCUCCCAAUCCAAGUGCCUUCAGACCAUGUGGCUUGAUGUUUAUAAUGACACGGGAAGCUGUUUCCUUUCUAAAUAAAGGUAGUUUGCACAGAAA